UGUAGGCAGGGCGUUUUACAGGGGAGGGGACAGGUGAGAAUGAUGUGUUGAUGUUCAUGGGGUUGACACUCCCUCCUGCAUUCCACCUCCAGUUCAACUCAGCUUGCAAGCAUGCCACCCAGCCUCAAACCACGCUGAAGACUUAGAACAUUACUUCCUGCCGCCGCUCAGAGAAACUGGAGCAGAGAACAGAUUUACACUGACAACGUCUAACCACCAGGACUGGAUAAAGCUAGUUUUUGUGCAGGACUAAUUCCCUUUAAUAGUGUGGAUAUGGGAGGCAGAGAGGAGGUAAUGGUGAGCAGCCUUGGAUCCAACAUGCAGUCUCCACGUACCAGAUUGACCCGUUUCAGGCUCCAUCCAAACCAAACCCAAUUGAGGCCCAGGCGAGUGAAGCCGUUGUAUCUCAGGAAUAAAAUCAGAGAUCCCAGCCCCACCGAGAUGAGCGUGGAGCCCUGGCACAGCCCGCAGGACCAGGCAGCUGCUGAACACGCGCACAGCACGCACACGGCGCUCUCCCAGGAUCAGGAGCAGCACCCCGACAAACUCUGCUUGGACUCAUUUUGGAGUGAGGUUGAGACCAUCCGACAGGGGAGUGGCUACACAGACCUUGACUGCAGCAGGAGAGACUCCAGACAGUCAGAAGAAGGGGAACAAGAGGAGCAGUGGCUGGCCGAUGCUGGUUUGUCGACCCUCAUCAGUGAAGACAGUGAGGAUGUGGACAAAGCGGUGUUGCUGUCUACUCUGACCCGGACGCAGGCUGCGGCUGUUCAGCGCCGCCUGGAUUCCUACACGCUGUCCCUCCGCAAAAGGAACAAACCGCCACCGCGCGACGUUCGUGACAUCUUCAACUCCCCUAUCGCUCAGACCCUCCUCCCUGAGUCUCAACAUAGCGACGAACGGCCCCAACACAGCAUGGCGUCAGUUACCAAAACACCACUAACAGCCGUGACACCAGAGCACCAGCGAUGUGCUCCUAAAGAGGAAUUCUUCAUCACUGACGUGGCUUACUGCGAACAGGCUGUCAUUUUCCUCAAACAAGCCAAACUCCCACAGAGUAACAGCCAACGCAGGAAAGAGGACAGCACCCUGCCUCGGGUGAUACGCCCCAAGUGCCGUCUAGGAGUGACACGCAUUCAGGAUCUUUCCCACACUGACAUGAAGAAGGUGCGUCAGUUGGCUCUCAUCGACAUGACGGCGCUGUGUGACCUCCUAGAGCUGGAGGUCAAAAGGCACAAAAUGGGCCGGAGGAAAAUCCCAGAGAGCACUCUGUUUGGGGUGCCACUGGCCACGCUGCUGGAAAACGAUCAGAAAAUGAAGCCCAGCACCUCGACUCCUCUCUUCUUGCAGGCAUUGUUGUCGUUUUUGGAGAAGAAAGGAGUCGAUUCGGAGGGGAUCCUGCGGGUUCCAGGAUCUCAGUCCAGAAUCAAGUUGCUGCAGCAGAACUUGGAGGCCAACUUCUACUCAGGGCAGGUCAGCUGGGAUGAAGUGAGUCCGAACGACGCUGCAGCACUACUCAAGAAGUUCAUCCGGGAGCUGCCGGCCCCUCUGCUCACCGCCGAGUACCUCAACACCUUCAGCGGAGUCAGGGACAUCACAGAGCUGAAGCAGAAACUCCACAUGUUGAACCUGCUCAUACUGCUGCUGCCUGAGCCCAACAGAAACACACUGAAGGCCUUGCUGGAGUUCCUCAGUAAGGUGAUUUCCAGGGAAAAGAGGAACAGAAUGAAUCUGUGGGCCGUCGCCACCAUCAUGGCUCCCAACCUCUUCCUCCAUAAGGCCGUCCCCAGCAAACUGACCGAAGGGGCAGAGAAAGGACAGGCGGAGAAGGCAGCUGACGUUAUGAGGCUCCUCAUCCGCUACCAGGACUUGCUCUGGACGGUUCCAAAUUUCCUCAUCGGCCAGGUGCGCAAGCUUAACGAAAACAAUAACCGGCGCUACCAGUUCUAUGAUCGCCGCAUAAAGAACCUGCUGAGGAAGAUCCACACAGACAGCAAAGACAAACCUGACAAAAACAACUCAGAGUCGCAUCGUACAGUGAAGGUUCAGGUUGGAGAGCUUGUGAGCGGCACGAUGGAGUAUCAGCUCAACAUCAACUCCCGCGCCUCAGACCUCCUCGCACAGUUCCAGCGCCAGUUCCUCCGCAGCCCCGACAACGGGAAGGGGAAAAUGCGAAGAAACGGGUCCGUGGCGUAUCCAGAAUGUGCCCUUUACGAAGUGGGAGGAAACAUCGGUGAACACUGUCUGGACCCCGACGCGCACCUUCUGGAUUUGUGCAACAGUAACCCUGGAGGAGAAUGGGUCAUCAAGCUGAGACCCAACGGCAGCAGAGGUCUGUGACGUGGAGGCUGUGGGACGAGGGAUGGACAGAUCCAGGAAAGGGUUGCAAAAGAACAAUAACAACAGUCUUAAAAAGACGACAACGUCUCUCCUCGGAGCAACAAGAGAGUAGGAGACAGAUGGAGGAAGCAGAGACAGAGAUGGACAAUCUGCCAGGAGCAAAGCUGUCCCUGAUCACAUGACCACACAUUGCCCUCUUUCUCUUCCACUCUUCCUUCCUCUUUAGGUUUCUCUCCAUCUCCUUCUGCUCCUUUUCCCCUCCUGCUCCAUCAUUUCUCCUGCGUUCCUGCAGGGCUGCAGCGCUGCGAGCAAAACACUGCUGACGUGACUCAUUACUUCCAACAGAGAACCUGCUGCACAGGACAGAGGAGGGAGACAGAGAGACACAGAAUGGACAGUUUGCUUUUUCUCUCAAGCCAUCCUCUCCCAUGAUGAGCGAGCAGAUGGGGAUGCAGAGCACCUCUGGCUAUGGAGAGCCCAAGUUACCCCCUGUCUCAGGCCGGCUUCUGCUCCUCAUACCCAGACAGUGUGUUCUCCUGCUCCUGGGUUUGAUCCAUCAGUCCUUUGUAAAAAAAAAAAAGCUGAAACAUGAUACGGACGUUUCUCUGCGUAGCUGAAGCUAAACUGAUAUCUAAGCAUAAGCUGAGUACAAGAUUUCUCAUGUGAGUUAUUAUUAUUCCCAUAUUUUACACAGUGCAUUUGCAUGACAGUAACCAAGUUAGUCAGAGAAAAUGCAGGUUAUCAGUGAACCUGGUCCACGUGAGUUUGGAGGAAGGGCUUCCCUUGAUCACCUGUUUCAUCCUUUUACCAUUUUUAAAAGCUUUGGGGACAAAAGUAAACAAAGACGGAGGGCUUGUCAGCUCGUCUCCUUUCUUUGUCAGUGCCAUUUAAAGAGGGGGAGAAACCCUGAUGAACUGAUAUCCCUUUAUCUGUGAAACCCUGAGAUCUCCUGGGUGUUAUGAAAAAUCCACGGACUUCCAAGGACCCCUGACCUGAAUGCGACGAUUGCUCAGGAGACUUUUCUCUUUUGACACCAAGGGACUCGGUGUCGCAACCUCAAGGACAGACAUUGUACCUCUAAAGGGAGUUUGUUAAGGACACACAGUGAAGCUGGUCUUCAUCUUUAAACGUGAGCGAGUUGAAGGCGCUGAAGUGACUCGGGGGCGAUACUGGGAUUAAUUAUUAUUAUUUAUAUGAAUGUAAUACUGUUGUUGCUUCUGUACUUUGUGAGUAUUGUGUAGGAUAGAGAGACUUAGGAUAAUACGGAGUCGCUGCACUCAGUGUAAAAGUAUGAUGUGUUAAGGUGCCCAUACUCGAUGUGGGACUUUGCAGUGUUUGUGUACAUGUAUAGUUUUUUUUUUUGUUAUGAAUCUCUUUACAUCUGUUAGCAGUAGUAAAUAUUGCUCAUUCAUAUUCACUCUGCUGGCUGUGAGGGAGGGAGGGCGUCUCUGCUGGACGCUGAGUAGUGAUCGUGUUGCUGCUCGAAGCCUUUUCCAAACAUACACAAGCAGCAGACGAAUGUAUUUAACACUUUGUACCGAUCACCAGACACGAAUGAUUUGCUCCCGGCAGCCGGAGCCAUGUUGAGGCUCCGCGGCCAUUUUGUGGAAAGCGUCUCGCGCUCUCCACUCGAUAGACGCCAUAAUGACAGCGGGGCCCCGGCACCGCCAUCUAUCAACGCCCUCUGCUCAAUCUCUGUCACCUCCUGGUAAUGGACCAUAAUCGCGACGUGGCGCCUGCAUCAGAAACGCGCGGAGGAAUCGCGUUUCUUUGAUAAAGCAGAAGGUAAUAAAUGGGUGUUAUAAAUUCUGUCGCCCCGGACCCGACGACGGUCGGCCUGUGUGUGUGCGUGCGUGCAUGCGUGUGUGUGAUGAGCUUCAUUACACAAGUCCAAUUGGCCUGUCCCAGGGUCCCAGACACAGUUCAGUGCCUCGGCACAAAGCGAGCUGAUGAAACCGCCUUCUGCUGACAAUCAGGAGAACUGGGUCACCUCUGAAGCAGCUUCCCAGAGGGCGAGCAGUGUUAGUCCAAACACCCCGAGGAGCAGAGCACAUGCACACACGCGCUGCCUAAACACACAUGCUGGACGCCACCAUGAGGUGUCACCAAAUCAAGGGCCGCGAGUCCACAGUACAGCGUUUUCCUAUCGACCGUGUUCGUGUUUGUAUAUACGUGAAUGUGUUUGUGUGAGAAAUUGAGAGGACGCUUCCUGAAACAGUGUUAUCCGUGUAAAUCACUCCUGAAGCUGGACAGUUACGAGGACAUUUGCUUCCUGCUGGGAUCGACGUGUCGACCUUUUGUUUGGUGGUGAUUUUGGACGUCAGCAGACGUCAGAAUGUAUAUUUAUGUCCUUUACAAGUUUUUAAUAUGUCUGUGAAAAGUACUUUCCUCUAGAGAAAAACACUUUCGAGAUGUUGCUUUUUUUUGUCAAUAAAUGUGACUCUAAUGUUG